CCGUCCGGGUAGCUCUGGUCCGGCGCAGGCGCGAGCCGGCAAGAUGGCAGCGGCUGGAGCGGGCCGUCUGAGGCGAGCGGCGUCGGCCCUGCUGCUGCGGAGCCCGCGCCUGCCCGCUCGGGAGCUGUCAGCUCCGGCCCGGCUCUAUCACAAGAAGGUUGUGGAUCAUUAUGAAAAUCCUAGAAAUGUAGGAUCCCUUGACAAGACAUCAAAAAAUGUUGGAACUGGAUUGGUGGGUGCUCCAGCGUGUGGUGAUGUUAUGAAAUUACAGAUUCAAGUGGAUGAAAAGGGGAAGAUUGUGGACGCCAGGUUUAAGACAUUUGGCUGUGGCUCUGCGAUCGCCUCCAGCUCGCUGGCCACUGAGUGGGUGAAAGGGAAGACGGUGGAAGAGGCCUUGACCAUCAAAAACACAGACAUCGCCAAGGAGCUCUGCCUUCCCCCCGUGAAACUGCACUGCUCCAUGCUGGCAGAAGAUGCAAUCAAGGCUGCACUCGCCGAUUACAAACUGAAACAAGAACCCGCGAAAGGAGAGGCAGAGAAGUGAGCCCUCGCGGCAGCUCCGAGGCGCCUCGGCUGCUCAGCUGCCGCACGCACACCUGGAUAUACCAGAGGAAAGCCCUGCGAGGUCCGCACAGUAUUUGCCAUUCACAUUGUGACUGACGCAAGCAAAAUACACCCUUUAAUUGUCCUGAGCCCUGUGAUUUCUUUCAGCUCACUUUUGUUGCCUUAAUGCACUUAAUGCAUAUUUUUAAUUAUAUGUAUGGCCUCGGAACUGAAAUCGGCAACGAAGUCUUAAGUUUUGAAGCCUGUGAUACGCAUAAAAUACUUAAUUUUACCUAAAUCUAUCUUAGGGAAGAUUUACCAAUAGAAUGCCUUGGUCGGAUUAUUUGAUAGAAAUAAUUAAAAAUAAAACAGCUGCAUGUGUAGAUACGUGUGUGUGUAAUAAAGACAAAGAAUGUAAGACA